UACACAUCGGUUGUAUCUUUAAAAUAUUGCGAAUCACUUGCACGGAUUAUCAAAUGGCGUUCGAAUGCUUUUAAAUCCAUCUAUUCGCAAGCAUCUUAAAAACUACAAAUAUGCAAUUAAUAUUUUUAACAUACUUCUGUUUUUUGUGCAUAUGUUACAUGCAUAUAUUUACGGUUACAGCAAUUCCGUGUGAUUCCUGUGGUAACGAAUGUGCUAGCGCAUGUGGCACAAAACAUUUCCGUACAUGUUGCUUUAAUUAUCUACGGAAACGAUCUGACCCCAACACAAUUAAGAUGAUAUCGAAUAAACGGCUUAUUGACUUUAUUUUGCUACAAGGACGGGCACUGUUUACCCAUAACGAACUGCUUCGAGACCACGACGAACAAUCUAAUGAUAAAAAGGACAACGCCACCCAUUUGGAAAUUAAUCGACAGCCUUACUAUGGAUAACUUAAUAUUAAUGAAGUUGUUUGAAAUGUUGAAUCACUUUCACCUUUAUUUCUUUUGCAAAUGCAGUUGCUACAAUAAAGCAUUUACAGCAUAAAGAAAACUUUU